AGACCACUAGUAUGCCUACGAUGAGAGCAAGUUUCUCAAAAGUCUCUGAAGAUUUCAAGCUACCUCUCCGCUGGGACAAACUCUAGGCAACAACACGAAAGAAAAUUCUGUCCUCCGGGACCCCUCCAAGAGGGCCUUUCCCACUGACGCUCUCCGUCCCCGAGCGAAGCCGCUGAGUGUUGCUAUUGGCUAUUCAGGAUGCCAAUCGCCAAGGCUGUCUUACCAUUGGUUUCAGGGCGGGAGCUCCACGACUAGAGGGAAGGAGAAGGGAUCAGGAGCGGGAGCUGAGGGGAGGGAGAGGCCGGUUCGGGUCUGGCCGCCACCGCUGCUCACCUGAGGUGUCCGGCCGGGCUGCGGCUGUCCUCGGUUCCUGGGUACCGUCUGCGAGGCCCCGCGGAGCCAGCGUGGGAGGGCCGCAGGCGGCAGGCGCCGCAUCAUGUCAGCCAAGGACGAGCGGGCCAGGGAUAUCCUGAGAGGCUUCAAACUAAAUUGGAUGAACCUUCGGGAUGCCGAAACAGGGAAGAUACUCUGGCAAGGAACAGAAGACCUGUCUGUCCCUGGUGUGGAACAUGAAGGUACUUUGCAGCCCCUUGAGUGUGCAAACUAUGCCCAAUGCCAGACAGCACCCUGGCAUCAAGGAGCUAAGUAAGCAUGCAUCUACUAGACAGCCCGUGUGCCCAAGAAAAUCCUCAAGUGCAAGGCAGUGUCUCGAGAACUGAACUUUUCUUCAGCAGAGCAAAUGGAAAAAUUCCGCCUGGAACAAAAAGUUUACUUCAAAGGACAAUGUCUGGAAGAGUGGUUCUUCGAGUUUGGCUUUGUGAUCCCUAACUCCACAAACACCUGGCAGUCCUUGAUAGAAGCAGCGCCUGAGUCCCAGAUGAUGCCCGCCAGCGUCCUAACGGGCAACGUCAUCAUAGAGACAAAGUUCUUUGACGACGAUCUUCUUGUCAGCACAUCCAAAGUGAGGCUUUUCUACGUUUGAGAGAACUUGUGUGCAUUUCCAAGAAUUUGGACCGGGGAGCAGGAGGAAGCUGUACUUGUUCCUCUGCACAUCUGACUUUGAUACUACAGCUGACUCCUUCAACACAGAACCCACCUGUGCACCCGGAAACCAGCUCUAACUAGGCAGCCAGUUGGCUUUUCUCCCCAGACCUCCAUCUUCACUGACAAGACUAAACCCCACCAAGCCAAGGGCAGGGUGAGCCUCAACUCCUUCCUGGUGCAAACGUGGGAAGAAACCCAUACCAGGAGCCACACUGCGCCUGUCACCUGCCCCGCCGCCUCCUUGGGCCCUACAGGCUUUCUUUGGCCUCCGGUUUUGAAAAAAAUUGACCUUUCUGACCCAUUUAGGUUUUUCCUACCACUUCUAUUUCAUACAUUCUCAUACCUUUAACUUGUAAAAUAGACUCUGAUAUUAUUAUUACGUAAUGUAAUUAAAGCAUUAAAAUAUUCCUACAGUCUUUAGCAUG